UCCGGCCGUGGACUACUCCCCCCUCACUCUCCCCACUCCUCCUCCUCCAUGAAACCCUAAUCCCCAUCUCUCUACCAUGUCGCCCCAUCUCCUCUUCUUCCUCUUUUCACUAUCUACACUCUCCUUAUUCUCUCGACUAGUUCUCUCCCAGCAAAACGCCACCGUCCCCUGCCCGCUCAACUUCACCAUCCUUGAGCAGUUCGCCGAAUCCAACCGCCGCCAAUACGACUCCAAAAUCGAGUGCCAGUACAUCAUCCAAGGCCUCCGCCUCGUCGACUCCCACUACCUCCAGCUCACCGGCAACUUCCUCCCCCCUCUCAACGCCGCUGCCUCCUGCUGGUCCGCCUACCAGUCUCUCGCUGAUCAAUUCGUCCCCGGCUUCGACAUUCGCACCUCCUGUGGCUUCCAGACCUCUUGGAUCUCCCAGGGCUGCAUGAACCUCACCACCAAAGCCGACUUCGAAACCCUCGUCGGCCCCACCGCCCUCGCCGCCGUCGUCUCCAACUGCAACCAGUCCCUCGAGAACAAUUCCCCCUGCGCCGCCUGCACCACCAGCCUCUCCAGCCUCUCCGCCACCUACCUGACCGGCAACUCCACCGGCAACGUCUCCGGCUGCACCGCCUACCCCUCCAUCUACGCCGCCGCGUUCGCCAACCCCUACGGCCCGGCCGACCACGGCAACGCCAAGUGCUUCUUCCAGCUCGAUUUCACGGUGGCCGGCCCCGGUAAGAAGAAACGGACUCUGAUUGUGAUUGUGUUAGUCGCUUGUGGUUUCGGGCUGUUGUUCUUGAUCGGCGGGGGUUGGUUUGCAUGGCAUAAAUAUGAAGAGUAUAUGAUUAAGAAGAGAAGGAAUGAUGCUAAUGAGAAAAUUGAGCUGGGGUUAGGUAAUGCAUUAGAGUCGAUUAGUGGGAGUACUACUUUGGUUAAGUUCACAUUUGAUGAAAUUAGUAAGGCAACCAAGAAUUUCGCUAGGGAGAAUAUUAUAGGGAGAGGAGGCUAUGGGAAUGUGUACAAGGGCGUGCUGGCUGAUGGCUCCGAAGUUGCGCUGAAGAGGUUCAAGAAUUGCUCGGCUGCAGGGGAUGCGAAUUUCGCGCACGAGGUUGAGGUGAUUGCGAGUGUGAGGCAUGUGAAUCUUGUGGCUUUGAGAGGGUAUUGUACUGCGACUACGCAUUUGGUGGGGCACCAGAGGAUUAUUGUGUGUGAUUUGAUGAAGAAUGGGAGUCUGCAUGAUCAUUUGUUUGGGACGUUUGAGAAUAAGCUUAGUUGGCCGAAAAGGCAGAGGAUUGCGCUGGGGACUGCGAGGGGGUUGGCUUAUUUGCAUGAUGGAGCUCAGCCGUCAAUCAUUCAUAGGGAUAUUAAAGCAAAUAACAUUCUUUUGGAUGAGGAUUUUGAGGCCAAAGUGGCGGAUUUCGGACUUGCAAAGUUUACGCCUGAGGGGAUGACGCAUUUGAGUACUAGGGUGGCUGGAACGAUGGGUUAUCUUGCUCCAGAGUAUGCAUUGUAUGGGCAGUUGACAGAGAAAAGUGAUGUUUAUAGCUUUGGUGUUGUGAUGCUUGAGCUUUUGAGUGGAAAGAAAGCGCUACAUGUUGAUAAUGAAAACCAGCCAUCACUUGUGACAGAUUGGGCAUGGUCCUUGGUGCGUGAAGGAAAAGCGCUGGAUGUCAUUGAAGAUAUGCCAGAGAAGGGUCCAACUGAAGUUCUGGAGAAGUAUGUGCUGGUUGCUGUUCUAUGUUCUCACCCACAGUUGUAUGCCAGGCCUACAAUGGAUCAAGUUGUAAAAAUGUUGGAAACAGACUUGUCAGUUCCCUCAAUCCCGGAACGGCCAAUUCCCCUUGUGGCUGAGAUUGAUGAUAUAGGAAGAUACAGCAGCAGUGGCUCAAUUCAGCUCUCUGGCACAGCCGGCUUCCAGACUUACACAUUUGAAAGUAGCCUUCCGCGUGACCAUAAGGGAGACGGAGAAAGUUCAAGUUCCACAACUGAAGGGAGGUGACUCCAGCAAGAGAUAAGUAUCGACUCUUUGAUAGAGAAUUUCCACUAAUGGUGAUUCAGAUACGUCGUGGGAGUUGUGUAAAUCGGGGAGACAUGGCGAUCAAAGAGGAUGUGGAGAAUGUUGUGCAGGAGAACAUAAGGGAGCCACUCAUG